CUUACCUUUUAAAAACUUGGCAACACUGCGCACCGCAAGGUGUGGAACUGUUGGAUGACAUGCAAAAUAGUAAAUACGAAAUUAAAAAAUGGCCGCGACAUUGGCACCCGUUAUUCCUGACGCUGGAUUUUCUUUUGAAAAUUGCAAAAGGAAUGCGGAUUUGGUUAAGAAAGGGUUUCCUGCACCUACAGCUACAAAAACCGGGACUACCAUUGUCGGUAUAAUAUAUAAGGAUGGUGUUAUUUUGGGAGCAGAUACUCGCGCCACCGAAGAUACCACAGUUUCGGACAAGAACUGCAUGAAGAUUCAUUAUUUGGCACCCAAUAUGUACUGCUGUGGCGCCGGGACAGCUGCCGACACUGAGAAAACUAACGCAAUGAUUGCCUCCCAACUUGAAUUGCAUCGUCUCAAUACAAAUCGCACCGUCCCCAUUGUUACAGCCAACCAAAUGUUGAAGCAGUUUUUAUUUCGCUAUCAAGGACAUAUCGGGGCCGCUUUAAUCUUAGGGGGAGUGGAUAAUACAGGCCCACAUAUUUACAGCAUUUAUCCCCACGGAUCUACUGAUAAGUUACCUUACACUACCAUGGGCUCUGGCAGUUUGGCCGCUAUGGCUGUAUUUGAAUCACGUUGGCACAAAGAUCUAAGCGAGGAGGAAGGUAAACAACUAGUUCGAGAUGCAAUUGCUGCCGGUAUUUUUAAUGAUCUCGGUUCCGGCUCAAAUGUUGAUCUUUGUGUAAUUCGCAAGGGAUCUGUGGAUUUCUUAAGAACAUACGAUGAGGCAAAUAAAAAGGGGGUGCGUCAAGCCUCGUAUCGUUAUCCAAAAGGAACUACUGCAAUUUUAACUACAAAAACAAAAAAUAUUAUAGUAGAAGAUGUAUCUGUUCGUCCUAUUGAAGCUAUGGAUAUAUAAAGUUACUUUCCAUUGUUUAUUGGUAAAAAAAUAAUUUUUUGUAUAAAUUACUGUAUAAAAAAUUGCUACACUAAUUUUUAUGAACAAUAAAAUCCCAAGUAUCUCUCCA